CAGCCAAACCGCCAAAGAGAGAGACGCGCAUGGAAAAGUGUGGAAAACUGCUGUGAUUCUUCUCCCAGUGUCUUGAGAAAAGGUGUUCUUUUGCUCUGCUGUGGAUUUUCCGCGAAUGCUCGAGCAUUCUUUCAAGGAUAUAAUCUCAGGAGAGCCGCAAUCUGCAAAGGAUUCGCCAUGGUUGCGCAUCAGACGCUUGACCGAGCCUACAAUCUAGAGCUGCUCAGCUACUUGUCCAUCAUCGUCGCCGGAAGUCUCAUUUAUGCCCUGUCUGGAUAUCUGAAGCUGCUGUUCGUCGCCCUGAAGCUUCCCGGGCCGCCGGCGAUUCCCUUCAUCGGCAACAUCUUGAUGAUCGGCGACAAGAAUGUUAUGGCAAACGAUGCGGCGAAGGCGUUCUCCUUAUAUGGCACACUCAUCCGAAUCUGGGUGACAAUUGUGCCGGCCUUCAUUGUCCUCGAUCCGCAGGAUCUGCAGACAAUCCUGUCCUCGCGCAAGCACACUGGCAAGACAUUCUUCUACAAACUCCUCCACAAUUUCCUCGGCAACGGCUUGAUCACGAGCAGUGGAGAUAAAUGGAGCGUUCAUAGGAAACUCAUUCAGCCCAGCUUCCAUCUCAACAUCCUGGAGAAGUUCAUCGGCACAUUCAAUGACAGUUCUCAGUGUCUUCUGGACAAAUUCCAGGCCGUUGAGGGCGAAAUCAACAUCACGGACUUUGUCAACAACUGCGUUCUCGACAUUUUGAAUGAAGCGGUUCUGGGCGUUCCAGUGUUUCGCAAAGACAAAGACAUGGAAAAAUCUCCGUUUAGACAAGGAAAAGUCGUGAUGCCUUAUCGCGUGACACGUCCGUGGCUUUUGCUGAACUGGGUGUACAAGAUGACGGACACAGCGGCUUCUGAGCUGAAUCAGAAGAAACAACUGGACAAUUUCACGCGCAAAAUGAUUCAAAUUCGGCGCGAAGCCAAGAAAUCCGGCAAUCUUAGCGAGAGGAAGUGUCUUCUCGACUACCUGAUCGACAUUUCCGACCAAGUGCCGGAGUUCACGGAAGAGGACAUCAUCAACGAGGCGUGCACUUUCAUGCUGGCCGGUCAGGAUUCCGUGGGCGCCGCCGUGGCGUUCAGCUUCUUCAUGCUGGCGCAGAAUCCCGAGUGCCAGCGGAAGUGCAUCGAGGAGAUCGAUUCCAUCUUCGACGGGGACACUCGAGCGCCAACUAUGAGGGAUUUGAGAGAAAUGCGCUAUCUUGAGCAAUGCAUUAAGGAGACCCUGCGAUUGUAUCCCAGCGUGCCACUCCUGGCCAGGCGUCUGGGCGAGGACGUGCGCAUUGGAGAGCACAAUCUCGUGGCCGGAAGUCACAUCUUCAUCGUCCCCUAUGCCAUCCAUCGGCUGCCCUACAUCUAUCCCGACCCGGAGAAGUUCGAUCCCGAUCGCUUCCUGCCGGAAGAAGUGGAGAAACGCAAUCCUUACGCCUUCCUGCCAUUCAGUGCCGGACCUCGCAACUGCAUAGGACACAAAUUUGCCAUCCUCGAGAUGAAGACUGUCAUCUCGAAGAUCCUGAGGCACUUCACGCUGCAUUCAGUGGAGGGAAAGCAGGCUCUUCAUCCCUCUUUCCGCGUCACUCUCAGAGCCACAGGCGGACUUUGGAUCCGGCUAGAGCGGCGGGACAAGAUUUAACAGCUUCUGCACUUCUCUCUAAGCACGGU